AUGAGUGGAGGAGAAAGUGAUCCAGCGUCCCCUGCUGUUUCUAGUAUAUGGGCUCGUUUGAUAAAAGUUGCUCAGCAAAAAAAGGCUAAGGAAGAAUCAACAUUGUCAGCUGUAGAACGACAAACAGAACAAUCACGUAAAGGUGGAACUAUUUGGGAAGCCGUACGAAAAGCUGAUGAAGAGGCUAUGAAACGUCUUGUUGGACUGGAUCCUGCUAAUGUUAAUGACAGGGGUCCAGUUGGUGAAUGUCCAAUACAUAUGUUAUUUUUAUAUGGAUCUGAAACUCAUCUUAAUAUGGGUCGUUGGUUGAUCACAAAUUACCCAAGUACAAUAACUCAAAUCUACAAUCAACCUGAAUAUUAUGGUGAAAAUGCUCUUCAUAUUGCAAUUAUCAAACGAAAUGCAAGUUUAGUUGAAUGGCUUCUAGGUGAUGAACAAAAUCGACCUUAUCAAAAAAAACAACUAACAGCCAGUGCUUGUGGAGAUUUUUUUAAAGUUGGUCGACCUUGUUAUUAUGGUGAAUUCCCAUUAUCAUUUGCAUGUUGCACAAAUCAAUGGCAUAUUGCAGAAAUUUUACUUAAAUAUGGUGCAGAUAUGGAUGCGGCUGAUUCAAAUGGAAACACUGUUUUACAUUUACUUGUUAUUCAUGGUUUACCUAAAAUGUAUACAAAAAUAAAACAACGUUGGAUAGAAUUGCGAGAUGCUGAAAAACCUUCAAGCGAUAAUGAAGAUGAUGAUAAAAGUUCAACUGACAACGAAAAACCUACACUAUUAUGGAAACGUUUAAACAAAAAUGGAUUUACACCAUUAACAUUAGCAGCUAAAUUGGGUAAAGCUGAUAUGUUUUCAUUUUUACUUGAAGAACGUAAAAUAACACAAUGGAGUUAUGGACCUGUUUCGUGUGUCCUCUAUCCACUUGAUCAAGUUGAUUUAGAUUUUGAAAAAGAUGAUGAUGAUAAUGACGAUGAUGCUGAUAAGAAAAGUGGUGAUGGUGAUGGUGAGGAUGAUGAUGAGGAUAAAGCUGUUGGUGCUCUUGAAAUAAUUGUUCAAAAUGCACAUGUUGAACUUAUUAUGCAUCCACGUCUCGUUGAUUUAGUUAAUAAAAAAUGGGAGCGUUUUGCACGACGAAUUUUUUUCCAUCGUUUUCUUAUUACAUUUUCAUAUUUACUUAUCUUUAUGUUGACAACUAUUCUUGAUCAGACACGAACAGAAGAGACAAGCGGUGAAGGCGAUGAUCUUGUAGUAAUCAGUAUGGAACCAGCAGGAAUGAUGUGUCAAACCUUCUGCACAGUUGGUCGUCUUUUUGUAUUAUUUGGAGCUAUAUAUAAAGGCAAUUCUGAAUAUAACGAAAUGACUAGUUUAGGUAUUAAAAAAUAUUUUCAAACGACGGGUUCCGGUCUUCUUGAAAAUUGUUUAGCAUGUUCAUUUUGUUUCAGUAUAUACGUGGUGAAUAUAUUACGUUUAUUUGAUCUUCCUCUUGAAACAGCUGCAUUAGCCAUAGCAUCAAUUCUUGGUUGGGGUUAUAUGCUGUUUUUCGUAAUGGCUUUUCGUUUAACAGGUCCAUUUGUUGUGAUGAUUUGGGAAAUGUUAUGUAAUGAUGUUCUUCGAUUUUUUAUUAUUUAUGCUGUAUUUCUUGCUGGUUUUUCACAAUCAUUUUUUAUCCUAUUUGAUAAUAAUGGUUUUCCCGGUUUUCUUGUUAGUGUUAAACAAAGUUUUCUGGGUAUGUUAGGUGAUUUCGAUCUUGAUGCCUAUUCUGAUACAUCAUACCAUUAUGUGAGUGUCACAUUACUCAUUUCCUAUAUUAUUGUUGUAACAAUAUUAUUGCUCAAUUUACUUAUUGCUAUGAUGGGUGAUACAUAUGGAAAUGUUAUUGAAGGUGCAACACAAAUUUGGCAUUUAGAAAGAGCACGUAUUGUGUUUGCCAUUGAAAAUGAAAUGACAACUGAAGAACGUAAUUUACCAUCAAAUAAAUAUUGGACUAAUGUUGAUGGUGAAAGAUAUUUACAAGUUGAAGAAAUUGAUGAAGCAUAUAUUCGUGAUGAUGAAGAUGAAGAUAAUAGUGAUGAUAAAAAAGAAGAUGAAGAAAAAUAA